AUGAAACAAGUGAGUGGCUCUCUGUAAUGUAACUCUGUUGUGUAGAUAUUUUGGGUGGUAGUAUUGUAGUAGACUACUAGUAUUUCUACUGUACCCCGUAUGUAUGAUGUUACUGAUCCAAAGUCAAAGUCAAAGUGAAGAAGAAGAAUAAACAUGCCAAAGCCAAGGGCAAACAAGACCUUAGAAUAAUUUUGUUGCAACAAUGUUGGGAUCAACUUCUUCUUGUACUGCAAUUUCCAUGUCUUGUUCUCCAACUACGAAGCAUGAUGUGUUCCUCAGCUUCAGAGGAGAGGAUACACGUGACAACUUCAUCAGUCAUCUUUAUGCUGAACUGGGCAGGAAAAAGGUUGAAACCUUCAUUGAUUACAGACUCAUCAGAGGCGAUGAGAUUUCUCCGGCACUCUACAAAGCAAUUGAAGAAUCAAUGAUUUAUGUUGUCAUUUUGUCCGAGAACUACGCUUCUUCCACAUGGUGUUUGGAUGAACUCACAAAGAUACUUGAAUGCAGAGAGAAAUAUGGAAGGGAUGUCAUACCUGUAUUCUAUAAGGUGGAUCCAUCAAAUGUUAGGCAUCAGAGAGAGAGUUAUGCAGAAGCUUUUGUUAAGCAUCAACGUCGAUUUAAGGACGAUCAACUGGAUUCAUGGAAGAAAGCUCUAAACCAAGUAGCCGGACUCUCUGGCUGGGAUUCACAAGUAACCAGACCAGAACACAAACUUAUUGAAGAUAUUGUGAAAGAUAUUUUAAGAAAAUUGCAAUUGAAUUGUUCUUUCGUAAGUGAUUAUCAAGGAAUAAUGGUUGGGAUUGACAAACAUAUUGAACAAAUACAAUCAUUGUUGCACGUCGACUCAAAGGAAGUUCGAAUUGUAGGAAUUUGGGGUAUGGGAGGAAUAGGAAAAACAACAAUUGCUACUGCAAUAUAUCAAAAACUGGCCACUCAAUUCAGUUCCAGCAGCAUCAUCUUAAAUGUCCAACAAGAAAUGGAGAGAUUUGGACUACACCAUAUACGAAGCAAAUACAUGUCAGAGCUUAUAGGGGAAAACAACAGAUUGUCUGGAUUAAGUCUUUCUCUCCUUGUUCUUGAUGAUGUGAACAAUUCGAGUCAGCUUAAAGAUUUAAUUGGAAGGCGUAGUAACUUUGGGCCAGGUAGUAGAAUCAUUGUGACUAGUAGAGACAUGCAGGUAUUAAAGAAUGUUGAUGCUGAUGGAAUAUAUGAAGUCAAGGAGAUGAAUUUUCAUGAAUCUCUACGACUGUUCUGUUUAAAUGCCUUUAAACAAAACUAUCCCGUAGAUGAUUAUGCGGACUUAUCAGAGAAGAUAUUAAAUUACGCUAAAGGGGUUCCGUUAGCUCUUAAAGUUUUGGGAUUUUUGCUGUGCGGUCGAACAAAGGAAGCAUGGGAAAGUCAAUUACAAAAGCUGGAUAAGCUUCCCGAGAAUGACAUCUUCAAAGUGUUGAAAUUAAGUUAUGAAGGGCUUGACGAAGAACAGAAGGAUAUAUUUCUUGACAUGGCUUGUUUCUAUAGAGGGCAUUUGGAGAAUGUUGUGGCACAAACUCUGGAUAGUUGUGGUUUUUCUGCUCAUAUUGGAAUGCAUGUUCUCAAAGAUAGGUGCCUUAUUUCUAUAUCAGAAGGAAGAAUUGUGAUGCACGAUCUAAUACAAGAAAUGGGACAUGAAAUUGUUCGUAAACAAUGUGUCAAUGAUCCUGGAAAACGUAGUCGACUAUGGAAGCCUGAGGAAAUUUAUCAAGUUUUCAAAAAGAACAAGGGGACGGAUGCAAUCCAGUGUAUAUUCCUGGAAUUAUGCAUGAUAGAAAAGAUUCAACUACAUGCUAAAACUUUCAGAAAAAUGGAUAAUCUUAGAAUGAUGCAGUUCUAUAAUCCUCAUGGUUGUUCAAAAGGCUCAAAUGUGGUCCUUCCUGCAUUUUUUAAUAGUCUUCCGGAUGAUUUAAAAUUUCUUCGUUGGGAUGACUUUCCUAAAAAAUCUUUGCCACUAGACUUUUGCCCCAAAAAUCUAGUUAAACUUUAUAUGCCCGGUAGCCAUCUUGAACUACUUUGGCAGCGAGAUAAGGAAUUACCAAAUUUGAAAACACUUGACCUUCGUCGUUCUCUGAACCUGAUUCAAAUACCAGAUCUCGCUCUAUGCCCAAAUAUUGAAGAAGUGUUUCUUAGUCAUUGCCCAAAGUUGGGUGAAGUUUAUUCUUCUAGUUUCCUCUACAAGCUCAAAUCUUUAUGGUUUGAUGGUUGUGUUAGCAUUAGGAGUAUACACAUUCCUAGCAGUAUUCUCCAGAGAACUUCUGGAUUAAUAGUGCUCAAUGGUUGUCACAAUCUUGAGAUGUUUUCAGUCAGUAAUGCAAAAAUGGGGGUUCAGCUACAUGGUUGUUCAACCAGUAUGUUCAGAAACAUUGUUCCUGUGGCAAAACAAAGUGGCAAGCGUUUAAGGUCCUUUUCUUCGAAAUGCUCCCUCGAAGAUAGUUUUGGGCAUCAUCUUAAACAAAAUAAAGCCUCAGUUACUCUUGACCCCCUGGAUUAUGUUGAGUUAAACAAAGAACCAGAGGAUAAUAUACAAUUACUAAACUUAACAUUGUUGAGAGAAGGUUCACCCUCAUCAUUUCCAAGUCUAAAUGAGCUUUGUUGGUUAGAUCUCUCCAACUGUGAAUCCCUCUCGAGCCUUCCAAUAUGCCUUUUUAAGUUGAAAUUUCUGAGAAGACUUUACCUCAGUUGUUGCUUGAAUUUGGAGAAGUUUCCUGAAAUCGAGGAGGCCAUGGAAAGUUUAGUGGUGCUCAUCUUAAACGAAACAUCAAUCAUGGAACUACCUUCAUCCUUGAACCGUUUGGUCAACCUUGAAGAGUUGAGCUUGUACAAUUGCCAGAAGCUUGAGACUAUUCCAUUUUCCAUUGGAAGUCUAUGCAAACUCAACAAGUUAAACCUUACCUGUUGUGAAUCACUUGAAACUUUUCCGGUCACCAUUUUCAAAUUGAAGUUGACAAAACUUGAUUUGCAUGGUUGCUCAAUGCUGAAGACCUUUCCAGAAAUCUUGGAGCCUGCAGAAACUUUCGUUCACAUUAACUUAACGAAAACAGCAAUUAAGGAACUGCCUUCUUCUUUGGAUUAUUUGGUUGGACUCCAAACCUUGUGCCUGAAGUUAUGCACUGAGCUUGUGUCACUUCCAAACAGCAUUGUUAAUCUAAACCAUCUAUCUGAGCUUGAUUGUUCUGGUUGUUGCAGUAUUGUGAACCUUCCUGAGAGCAUAGCUCAUCUCUCAAGUUUGAAAUCACUUAAUUUAAGUGAUUGCAAUAGGCUUGAAUGUAUCCCACAACUUCCACCAUCUUUAAACAAGUUGUUGGCAUAUGAUUGCCCAUUUGUUGGAAGAAUGAUUCCAAAUUCAAGGUUGGAACUCCCAUCAAAUCCCAAAGAGGGCAUAUUUGAAUUUCAUUUCACCAAUAGUCAAGAACUGGACGGAAGUGCUCAUAGUAAUAUUGGAGCCGAAGCAUGGCUUAGGAUCACUGAAGUUGUAUACCGGGAUGUGUUCUUCUGUUUUCCUGGAAGUGCAGUUCCUCGUUGGUUCUCUUAUCGUUCUGAAGGAUGUUCAGUGUCUGUGAACAAUGAUUCUAAAAAAUGGUGCAGUGAUAAUAUCCUCAUUGGUUUUGCUUUGUGUGUUGCUUUGGGAUGUGUGGAUAUGGAUGAUACAAUAACAAGUAGUUGUAGCUUUAGAUACACAUUAACAUUUGAAUAUGAUGGUUGCACGCACAUUCUUGACAACAACAAAAAUAUACAUAACAGCUUCUAUUGGAAGGGUCGAGAUAGGUUAUUCGUCCAAGAUCACACACUCAUAUGGACAUAUCACUUGGACUUUGCAACCAUUGACAACAGGCUCUUUGAUGCCCACAACUUCACUUUUGAGAUCAGCAAACAUCAUCUCUCAUAUUCUAAAUCAAGUGUCAUGGUGAAAGAGUGUGGAAUAUGCCCUCUAUUUGAAAAUCUGAUUUUAAAAUAACAUCGGAGAACCGAGAGGGAGCAAAGCUGCAUAAUAAUCAAGUUUUGUUUGGAAACAAUCAAGAUGUGUGGCUCCAGGUAUAUGCAACAUGUCCUUUGGUUAUAAAUUUGCCAACCACCAAUACUUUUCAUUUUCAUGGAGAAAACUGAGUCAUCAUUGAGGCUGCUACUUUUAUUUCAAACCAUGGUUUAUAAAUGUUGUAGUAGUUUAGUGUUAACUGCGGUUUCACAGUUACUAAUUUGAACACCUAUGGCUCGAAAUCUCCAAGUUUUAAUUUAUUGAGUUGUUGAAUGGAACACAAAGAAAGCAUCAGAAGACGUCCUUUUCAGAUUUAUUUUUCCUUUUUCUAAAUGUAAAUGUAUAUAUUAUGAUUAUGAAGUAUGACUCUAUAAUUCUUACAAAUUUUUUUAAGUAAAAUUCAGUUCCAUUUAUGUUUCUUUUAUCCAUCCUUAACCAAUGUUUUAAAAUCCAAACCGGGGGUUGAACCGGUGUGACCUUCGGGUCAUGGUUCAACUGGCCGGACCAGUUAAACUGCUUUUAAGCCGGUUGAACCGAAUACUAAAUAAAUAAAUAAUACACCAAUGCUGGAACAUAUGGUUAU